UUUAACUUUUUCAGGCUGAAUAUAUGGCACCUUGGAAAUCAGCUAAAUCUGCAGCCCCAUCCACCAGAAAAGCGAAUGCCGAGGAAAAUCCCCACGGAUCGAACUUAAAUUUAAAUUUCGCUAUGCACCGGCUGUUCUCCUUUCCGUAUAUAUUUCUACGAGAUUAUUUCAUCCCCUUACACACGAUGGCUGAACUGGGCUUCUUCUACGUAAACGAGAACACGUUACGCUGCAAUUUUUGCAAUAUUAUUGUAAGCACUGAGGAACUGACGGAAUGUUUUUCCCUCGGCCUUGAAAAUGCUGAAAAAAUGAUUUUAGAAAAACAAAAAAAUUGUAAAUUAGGCGAAGCCAAUUCAAAAAAUGUGCCGAUGGGGAGGAGAGUGAGCGAAAUGCUGAAUUACAAAUACGAAUCGCAUCGGCUGUACUCGUUGCUGAAAAUGAAUGACUGGCAGCACGUUGAUCCGUUCAGCCUGGCAAAAAGUGGAUUUUAUUACACCGGAGACCAAGACAACGUCAGGUGUGCAUUCUGCAAUUUGGAAGUCCGCGGCUGGGAAGAGGAAGACACGGCUGAUGGAGAACACAGGCGCUGGAACCCCAACUGCCCUUUUUUAUGUAAUAGUCAAAGUGUCCCGAACAUCGCUAUUGGAGACGAGAGGACCCAAGUACAACGCGAUGGCAUUGCGAGGAUCAAUACAGGCAGCAACCCUUUUGCAGAGUUGAAUGUACUUGAAAAAUACGGACCGCGCCUAUACUUUUUGGCAAGCAUCCUCGCCCGUUUUCACCUCACAGCUCAAGAUUUGAAUAUCCACGAUUGGUCCGCGCCUUUGAACCCGCAUUUUGUUACCUUGAAAAGCCGGAUUAAUUCGUUUAAGGAAUUUUGGCCAAAAAGCCACAGGCAAACACCGCUAGAGCUAGCCAAAGCUGGCUUCUUUUACACUGGAAUUGGGGAUCGAGUUGUCUGCUUCCAUUGUAAUUUGGGCCUGAAAGAUUGGGACCCGAACGACGACCCUAGCGUCCAACACAGCAAAUGGAACUCGUGCUGCAACUAUCUAAUUAUGUGCUUGAAAUCAAGAAUGUUGCAUUUUAAUCAGAACACGGACGUGCCUGAAAUAACCGAUUCAUCUGCGAGCAAGGGCCGAGGCAAGAGGGAUUUGCAUUGUCUGAAGUGCAGGUUCAAUAAUGUGUCCAAGGUAAAUUUACCCUGUGGACACAUGACGAUUUGUGAAUCCUGCGCUGAGGAUUCUUGCAGAAUUUGCGACAAAGAAAUUAUCAUCCAUAUUAAUGUUCCAGGUUUCGCUGCCAAUUUGUAGAAAAAUAUAUCAAAC